AUGGCCUUCCAAGGAGCCUCCUCUUCUUACUCUUUCACCCAUACAUGUACUUAUGAUGUCUUCUUGAGUUUUAGAGGCGAAGAUACUCGCAACAAUUUCACUGCUCAUCUAUGCACAGCUUUGCGUCAAAAGGGAAUCAACACCUUUAUGGAUGACAAUCUCAGAAGCGGAGAUGAAAUUUCACUUACACUUCUCAAAGCAAUUGAAGAGUCAAAGAUUUCAAUAAUUACGCGAAAGUACUUGCAACAACUUUAUCGCUCAUCUAUGCGAGGCUUAAAUCGGGAGGGAAUCAAUACCUACAUAGAUAACUACCCCAGAAGAGGAGAUACAAUUUCACCGGCACAUCUCAAGAAUAUUGAAAAGUCAAAGAUUUCAGUCAUUAUAUUCUCUCAAAAUUAUGUAUCAUCUUCAUGGUGUUUAGACGAACUUACGAUAAUACUUGAGUGUAGGAAAAUGAAGGGACAAAUUGUUCUUCCAGUGUUUUGCGAUGUAGAUCCGUCGGAAAUGCAACAUCAAAGCAAGAGUGUUGGAGAAGCAUUCGCUGAACUUCAAGAAAAGUUCAAGGAUGAUGAAAUGAAGGUACAGAGGUGGAAGACAACCCUAACAGAACUGGCCAACUUGUCCGGGUGGUAUUUAGGGAACAGGAAUGAAGCUGAAUUUAUUCACAAAAUCAUUGAACGAGUGAAUUUGAUGUUAGAAGAAAAGGCAUACCUCCAUGUUGCCAAGUAUCCAAUUGGAAUAGAGUCUCAUGUACAAGAGUUGAAGUUGCUUUUAAAUAUUGAGAACAAUGACAAUAUGAUGCAGCACAAUACAUGCAUGGUAGGGAUCUUUGGAGCUGGUGGAAUUGGUAAGACAACUAUUGCUAAAGCCAUCUACAACUCGAUUGCUUCUCAAUUUGAAGGCAGUUGUUUUCUUCAAGACAUUAGAGAAACUUUUGGACGAAAGGACGGUCUGAUCUAUUUGCAAAAUAAACUUCUUUAUCAUAUCCUAGGAGAUUCAAGUCUAAUGGUUGACAACGUUGAUCAAGGAAUUACUUUAAUAAAGCAGAGGCUUUGCAAUUUAAGGGUACUUCUAGUACUUGAUGAUUUGAAUCAGUUAGUCCAAUUAGAAAAGCUAGUUGGAAAAUGUGAUUGGUUUGGUUUAGGAAGUAGAAUCAUCAUAACAACGAGAAAUAAACAUUUACUUACUGUAUAUGGAGUUGAUUCAACACACGAAGUGAAUGAGUUGGAUGACAAUGAAGCUUUUCAACUCUUUAGUUGGCAUGCUUUCAAUAGAGACAAACCUGAUAAUGAUUUUGUGGAAGUCACAGAAGAUGUUGUACGUUAUUGUGGAGGAUUGCCACUAGCUUUAACAGUGUUAGGCACAGUUCUACAUGGUAAAGAUAUACUUGAUUGGAAAAGUCAAUUGGAUAACUACAAAAGAAUUCCUAACGUUGAUAUUCAACACAAGCUUAGAAUUAGUUAUGAUGGAUUGGAUGAAAAUGCAAAGAAGAUUUUCCUUCACAUUGCUUGUUUCUUCAAUGGAGAGAAUGUAGAAUAUGUCACAAAAAUACUAGAUUGUUGUGGUUUUCGAUCACAUAGUGGCAUCGAAGAGCUAAAGGAUAAGUGUCUCAUAACUCAGUCAUGCGGAUCAUUGGUAAUGCAUACCUUGGUGCAAGCAAUGGGUAGAGAAAUUGUUCGACAAGAGUCACCAAAUGAACUUGGCAAGCGUAGCAGAUUAUGGUUUCAUGAAGAUCUUCGUUGUGUCUUAGAAGAAAAUACGGGAACAAACAAUGUUGAGGGCAUACUGAUAGAUUUGCCUAAAGCAGACUUGAUAGACUUGAGUUCUAAAGCCUUCAUGGAGAUGAAAAUGCUCAGAUUGUUUAUAUGCCACAAUGCACGCUUUUUUGAAGAGAUUAAUUUUCUCCCUAAUGAGUUGAGAUUACUUUAUUGGCCUGAAUAUCCUGGAGAAUCUUUGCCAUCAAAUUUUGGUGGGAGGAAGCUUGCUAUUUUAAGAAUGCCUCAUGGUCACCUCAAGGGAUUGGAAGGAGUUGAGAAUUUCCAAAAUUUGACAAUGAUGAAUUUCACAAAUUGUGAAUUCCUAAAAAAAAUUCCUGAUGUUUCAAGGAUCUCAAAUUUAGAGACAUUGAUUCUUGAUGGUUGUGUACGUUUAGUUGAGGUUCAUCGUUUUGUUGGAUUCCUUGAUAAGCUCAUCCAUUUGAGUCUUGAAAACUGCUAUAGGCUUAGGAGUUUUCCGAGAAGCCUCAAGUUAAGAUCUCUAGAAUCUCUUGUCCUUUGUGGUUGCUCAAGACUUAAGAACUUUCCUAAAAUUGAGUGUCAAAUGGAAUGUUUAGAGUACAUUGACUUUCAACAUACUGGUAUAGAGAAACUGUCUUCAUCCAUUCGGUAUCUCGUUGGGAUUAAAAAAUUAUAUCUAGCUGGUUGCACAAACCUCAUGAAUCUUCCAAAUAGCAUUUAUCAGUUGAAAUAUUUAGAAAGUCUCAAUCUCAUGGGUUGUACUGGUAUAAAAAGGCUGCCUUCAUCCAUUGGGUACCUCGUUAGGGUUAAAACAUUAGAUCUAAGCGGUUGCACAAACCUCAUGAAUCUCCCAAAUAGUAUUUAUCAGUUGCAACAGUUAGAGCAACUCAAUCUCAAGGGUUGUUCAAAAGUUGUUAAGUUUCUACACAAGAGACAAUCCAUGCUCUCUAUUGCAUCCAUAGAGGAAUCUAAAAUUUUGUAUGGGGCAAAAGUAGUCCAAUUAUUCCACGAUCCUAAUGAUGGUUGUUCCUCGACAUUAUUUCCAAAACUUCUACGGUUGGAUCUUAGCAAUUGUGCUUUAUCAGAAUCAAAUUUCUUUAGUACAUUUGAUUGUGGCUCUAGGUUGAGUCGUUUAGAUCUAUCAGGGAGUGAUAUUGUUACCCUUCCUUUAUGCAUCAAAAGAUUUUUUGGAUUGAAGUUCCUUUAUUUGAAUGAGUGCAAGCAACUUCAAAAAAUUCUAGGACUUCCACCAAAUGUAGUAGAAGUGUGUGCUUGGGGGUGUGUAUCAUUGGCAAUACUCUUAGAAGAACCUAGAAAAUCUGUUGUAACAGAAUCAGAAGAUUGCCCUAUGAGUCUGGAAUAUCUAGAUCUAUCAAGUAGCGCUAUUGUUAGCCUUCCUACAUGGUUCAAUAAAUUUGUUGGAUUGGGGUGCCUUACCUUGGAAGAUUGCAAGCAACUUCAAGAAAUUUUAGAACUUCCACAAAAUAUAAGAGCGGUGUAUGCGCGUGGAUGCACGUCAUUGGAAAGAUUUCAGUUGAAUAUAUACCCAAGGCUUGGAUGGAUUGACUUGUCCAAUUGUCAUAAAUUGCGUGAAAAUAUGGGGAAUGAUCUGCAAACUCAUUUAUUGAGUGAGGGACAUCCUGCGGACCAUAAAUUUGUCUAUAUGUUUCCAGGAAAUAAGAUUCCAAAUUGGUUCAUCUAUCGUAAAGAGGUUUUAAAUAGUAAUUCAUGUGAAAUAGAUAUUGAUGAGCCUGCACAUUUGGAUGGGGAGAUCACAAGAAUUGCUUUCUCUGCUGUUAUUGGAACAAAAGCAGAUAUCUCUGAUGUACAAGAUGAAACAACAGAGGGUGGGGAAGAUGAAGAUGAAGAUACUUUCGCAAUUGUCUUUGAAGUUAUCAGUGAUGGUGUAAAAAUCUAUUCUUUCGUGGAGGAUGACAUCCAUGGUCAAUUUCAUUCAGAUCAUGUAUGGUUACAUUACAAUGUUCCAGAAUCUUUUAAGCUAAAGGGGGUUAAUCUUCAUGUAAAAUUUAAGCUAAGGUCAAUGUCACUGUACUUUAAAAGUUGCGGAUUCCAUUUGGUACGGAGGUAUAAAGAGAAGCAGUAG